AUGACUCUUUACUUCGGCGGUCGUAUUCUCACUAUGGUUGGAGAGACGGCGCAGUAUGUCGAAGCUGUCGUGGAAAAAGACGGUAAAAUAGCCUUCACUGGAAGCCUAGCAAACGCCGAAGCUUUAUUCCCUGACGCGGCCAAGCUCGACCUCGAAGGCCGAACCAUGAUGCCAGGACACAUUGACCCUCAUCUUCAUCCUUCCAUGGCGGCCCUGAUUUUGAGAAUGGAUUUCAUCACCCCGUUCGACUGGACUCUUCCAAGUGGUUUGUACAAAGGCGUAAGGACCCAAGAGGAAUACCGAAGUCGCCUCAACGAUCUGAUUAAUGCAAAAGCCAAGCCCGACCAGCCUCUAGUAACUUGGGGAUAUCACCAGUAUUUUCAUGGCGAUAUGAGCAGAGAGAUCAUAGACGGAAUCAACAACACCGCCAAGAACGCACCAGUCGUGGUGUGGCACCGAAGCUUUCAUGAAGUGUACCUCAACACCUUCGCCCGGAACCAGCUGGACGCUGACAAGCAGGAGGAACUGAAGAAUAACCCGCAAGUGGAAUGGGAUCUCGGUCACUUCUUUGAGAUGGGUUUGGAUGCUCUAAUGGCCACCGAGUACUUCUCCACAAUUGUUAUGCCAAUGAUGAUGUCUGGCUACGAUGAUUUAGUGCAGGUAUAAAAUUAUAUUUUAUUGACUACAGAUUUUCACAAUUAGAAUACCGUAAAUUAUCAAACCACAGGCGUUUCAAGCUCACGUUACGUUACGUUACGAGUGUGGAAUGUAAUGUUAGGGCGCGUUUCGUUACUAAAAUCCGAGAUCAGAUAAAAAAUUCGGAUUAUAAGGAUCUUUCAUUAAGAAAUGAAACAAUGUAUCCAAAAACGGAUUAUUUUUCUUUAAUUUCCAUAGACACGACCCACAAUAUCGACGGUAUCCGUAUCGCGCAUCGCCUUUCAUUGUAUUCUUUACGGUUAGCUCAAGGGUACUGCUUUAGACAAGCCAAGUAACAGGGGCACCCAACGACAAUUUUUGGAAAAUAUGUGUUCGGAAGACGAUUUGAGAUCUAGAAUUUUCGGAACAUUUGUUGUAAAAUUUCUUGCUUGCCUGCCUCUCCUAGGAUUUUCGAACAUCUAAAAAAUGGUAUAGUUGCCCAUUUUUAACGGAUUUUUACUAAAAGGUCACCUAGAAUUUUCGGGAGCCUUUUUUCUGACCGAAAUUUUCGAAAAGGUAAGUUUUGAUCCCUCUAAUUUUCGGAUCACUAGACUUUCAGCUAGGAAAUCCAAACAGAUGAAAAAUUUUUAGGGGAUAAAAAUAUGCCUAUAUCUACCGCUUAAAUACUAAAAUACGUUCAGCAAUGCUAUGUAUGUUUCAGUGGUUUUAAACUAUAUUCCCGUUGGGUGCCCCUGAAGUAAAGAUGCGUCUCGCGGUGAUUUUGUUACCUCUGCGUCCUGCGACGCAUAAAAAUUGUCGAAGGCACAAAAUAAUUAAUGACAUUCCUGAUACGCGUCCUUUACUAGGAAGCAAAGAACGAUCGAUCGAUCUCGGGGAUCAUGUGUGUUAGAGUUUUCCGAUUAAACUGAAUUGGAAAGACCUUUUCCGCCUUUUUAGGUAAUAAGAAGCAAAGUGGUGUUUGAUUCAAUUUGCACAAUACAAUUGCAGUAGUUAUUCAUUGUUUAAAAGCAGUUUGAGUUUAAAGCAUCACGAAUACCUGCGAAUACACAAGGUGGAAUGCAAACUUAUUUUUUGUAUGAAAAAUCUGCUUCAAAGCAAACAAAGCUACCAAGGGUAGCAACAACAACGAGCUUUAUUCACAUGACCAUACGAGUACAUACACUAUUGCAAAAGUUAUUUUUAGGAAUCAAAAUUACAUCAUAGGGCAAUUACGUUACUUUGAUAAUAAUUUGUCACGAACAUCAACAGGUAGCAGCAUUGGAAAAUACUGUGAUAGUAGAAUUUUAUCAAUAAAGUACUCAAAAUAUCACAGCACAUGUAUGGCAGAGUAUACCCCUCUAUAGUGGAGGCGGUUUCUCAAGAGCACCUCCUGGUGAAAUAGGUUUCAUGAAAAAAUAUUUUUCAAAGCCAGCGAGAAAAUAAACUUAAAUCAUGCAUAGUAGACUAGAAACGUGAGAUCAAGUGGUUUUACAUUUUCACAUAUGAUUUGUGCAUUCUGUUUUCUGACAACUUAUUCAAUUUAUGUGGGCUCUCACUUGUGAAAUGCGCUCGUAGAUUUAACCUAAAAGAGUUAGUUUUGACUUAGUGAAUAUUUUGACUGAGCGGGAAAAUGUGUUCCAUACAAGUGCAUUUUCCCCUAAAUCUGAAAAACUCUAUUUGAAGAAAUAUCCGCCCCGUUCGCGUAAUUUCUGUGGCAAUUAUUAUGGCUGUUGUUUAACGAUGCAUAUUUCUUUUCGCCUUUGUUGUGCUUUAAAACAGGGGCCCCCAACGACGGUUUCCUUAAACAUAGGCACGUUAAACGUGCAUGAGCUAUUUUGAAUACUUCGGUGUAACCUUACCAAGAAUGAUGAAUCUACCUUUUUCAUCCUAAAUGUAGAUUUGGUUUUUGCGCGAAAUUGGGUAUUGCGCUACAUAAAUGAAAACGCGAAACGCUCAGCUGAGUCGAUCCUCAACCUAUAUAUUCACUUUCCUCUGUCUUUCCCUGUUACAUCUGGUGCAAGUUGAACAAAUUGUUAAAGUAAAAUAAAUUUAUACUCACCAAACGUUGAUUAGAAGGAAAACUCUACGGUUUCCUCGAAGUUUCUUAAGCCAAAAUGUGACUCAUCGAAUACUGGUACUGAGUAGUUACGAAAUACAAGGAUUUUUAUGAUUGUGGUAGAUAGUUGCAUCAUCAUAAUUCACGAGGUUUUCACGUGCGAUUCUACUCAGUGAAACAGUCUUUAACUCCGACAACUUAUUUCAUGUUUUAAAAGCUAUUGCUUCUUAAAAGACAAGAGCCUUUUUUAAGGCAUUGGUUACAAAACGAAAUAGGUCUUCAUACGUCCAAGUUACUAUUUAUCAUUGUGAAAAGCCAAUCUGCAUGAGAUGUACAGUCACACAGCUGGCACGUGAAAGUGUUGGACUUUACCCCCUUUCGUGGUUUGUACGUGAGGGAAUUCGAGUUAUCACACAGUAAUCUAGUAAACAGAAUUAUAAAAAUAACUCUUGCACACAAUUUGCACGUGAAGAUGUUGGUCUUUGGCCCUUUUACAAUUCGUACGUAAAAAAAAGGCAAAUUGUUUACUACAAAAGUUUCUCAAAAGAUUUUAAGAAAUCACCUCGGCUUCAUUACAACAUCUGCAAUUAAAUUAUGUUUCAUGCAACGUCAAGGUUGAUAACCUAACAUUUAUUAACAUUUGUGAGACAAUCUUUAACUCCGACAACUUAUUUCUUCAUGUUUUAAAAGCUAUUGCUUCUCAAAGGCAAGAGCGUUUUUUAGGGCAUUGGUUACUAAACGAAACAGGUCUUCAUUCGUCCAAGUUACUAUUAUUAUUGUGAAAAGCCAAUCUGCAUGAGAUGGACAGUCACACAGCUGGCACGUGAAAGUGUUGGACUUUGCCCCCUUUCGUGGUUCGUACGUGAGGGAAUUCGAGUUAUCACACAGUAAUCUAGUAAACAGAAUUAUAAAAAUAACUCAUGCACACAAUUUACAUGUGAAGAUGUUGAUCUUUGGCCCUUUUACAAUUCGUGCGUAAAAAAAAAGGCAAAUUGUUUCACUACAAAAUUUUCUCAAGCGAUUUUCAGAAAUCACCUCGGCUUUAUUACAACAUCUGCAAUUAAAUUAUGUUUCAUGCAACGUCAAGGUUGAUAGCCUAACAUUUAUUAACUUCCAAGAAAAUUAUCAAACUGCCGAAAUAUAUUUCUACUUGUAUCAUGUUACUCCACUCAAUACAACAGUAUCUAAUUAUUGUGUCAACUAGCUUCUUCCAAUUUUAUUCCCUAACGCUACUGUUUUUACUUAAGUUACGCGUCUUUACUAAAUAAAAUACGUUUCAGAAACUAUAAUACUUAGUAUGCAGGAAGGAUGUAUCAUGUUGUUCACUUAUUAUUCUUUUUUUUUUGUUUUGCCAGAACGAAAAAGGUCUGUUGAACUUUGUAAGCGAGAGAAUAAUAUUUUUAAAGCUUGUUUACAGGAUUAACAAUACUCGGUACAGCUUUCACAAAAAUAAGCUGCCUUUUUAAACUUCUAAAACCACAUUUUAUAGGGCGCAUACUUUCGAAUUAAAGUCUAUAUCUAAAUAUCAAUUAUUGCUUCAUUGGAAGAGCUUUGAAAAUAUAUGAUCUUUUAUACUCUACCCAGUUGUAGCAGGUGAAACAGAACUCAUACUGACGUGCGUUGUACUGAUAGCCGAAUUAGGUUAGAAAUGCCUUGAAGCAGCAUCCAUACUAAAAUAUGAACCCUUAAACAGCUGCAUCAUUGUACACAGCGUUUGAAUAAUGAAGAUAUUUAAUGUAAUUCUUCCAAACACCUCUAGCCGUAAUAAAAGGCGAAAAAAUUGUGAAGAAUAAAGAUGGCGGUCUCAAAGUGCCCUUGUUCGACCUUUACCAAUGUCAUGUUUAAGUAGAUGCUAAGAUCUCAUUGGUUCCUAAGCAUCAACUAAUAGUACCUUCAACCUUAUUGGCUCUUGCAACAAACAUCCGAACAUACAAAGUUACAAAGAUACAAAGAUACAAAGCCACAAAGAUACAUACGCUCACACCACUGACAUAUGAGCUAUUUUUUCAAAAUAGCUCAAAAAUACGUUGAAAACACUUUUUAGGUUAUCCAGAGCACUUUUAGAUCUCUAGAAGUGCGUUCUAAGCGGCGCUACAAAAUUUUUAUCUGUUCGGUCAUCCUUUUCGAAAUUAAAGGGGCUUCAGUAUUAAUUUUCCGAAAAUUUGAGGUGUAAUUUAACGUUUUACGAAAGUAAGAAUUUUUCUGAUUCCUCUCUCCAUCACAUUUUAGAAUCCGAAAAUUAUAGGUUUCCUUUUUCUGGGAAAAUUGUGUAACCUGGGUAGUAAAGUAUGAAAAAUUAAACUUCAGAAAAUCGUAGGGAAUUUAUUACGAAUUGUACAUGAAUGGAAAGUUCAUCUAGAAAUUUUUAAGCCGCUCCCAAGCAAAAGAAAAUUCUACGCAAUACUUUCUUCUCCGAAAAGAUAUUUUACAGAAAACAGUACUUGGGUGCCCCUGUUUAAAAUAGAAGGACUAUAAUGCGACUAUAAUUUAAUUUCAAUAUACUGUAAGAAAGGGACAUGGGGAUUUACGGUAUUGCGGUAUUGAGCUUUUUUUCAAGCGGUAUUUGGUAAUUUUGAUUUAAUGUGCGGUCAUUUUGCUGGCGUGAGGUCUACAUUUGGAAGAUUUCAACAUAUAUUCCAAAAAAUCUUGAAUAUUCAUGACCUUGUUGUGGGUCUCUUUGUGAUGGGAAGACUAAUUGAAACCAUGAAAAUAAAUGUUUCUAUGUGGAAACUUCGCUCUUAAACCAUUGCAAAUCGGAGAAAUCAUGUCAAAUAACGAGAUAAUGUAAUUUUCUUACUUUUAUUGGAAAUCGAGUGAGAAAAAAGCCGAAGAGAAAACGAUGGAAUCUGCCAUAACUGCGAUAUUGCGUGAUGCUUCUGGAAAAAAUGCAUCAUAGGAUAUAUACUAUUCGAUCGUCGUCUGCGGAUCACGUAUCCAAAGUAUCCGGUGUGGAUCAUUUGGAUCAAUAAUCAGUUGUUGGAUUUAAGUAAAGAAACGAACUAUCCGUUUUUGGAUUAAAAAUACGGAUUUGGAUUUUAGUAAAGAAACGCACCCUUAGUAUAUCCAUGGAACUGACCUAAUUUGACCUGUUACCAUGCCCCCCCGGGGCAUACCCCAGGGAUUUGCAUGUUUUUUCCUGGUGGUCACACCAUCCCAGGGCACACAGAAGGAGACAAUUCGCCACUCCCUAUCUCCUGAUCGACUUCAUAUAAGUUUUUUGAGGGUAUAUCAAUACAAUAGCAAAACGAGACGUUUUCUGAACUUUUUCUAGAGUCUAUUGACAGAAGAAUAAUACAUUUACGGCGUUACAACGUGAACAAUACAUUUGAAAGAACACUUUAUAAGAACACUUGACCGAAUCUCUGUUUACUAUAUAUAGCCUUGUACCCACUUUCAUCCAUCUUUUAAAGUUGUCUUAGUUUUAAACUAGAAUGAAGAAAUAUUUCUUUGUUUCUUUUGCAAAACAAAGGCAUUCAAGUACCAGGGGCGGAUCCAGGAUUUUUUUUUUAGGAGCGGGUGUACUCGUCUCUUGCUCUACUUCAACACCAAUAAACCACAUAGUUUUUUUUUUUGCAGAAUACCAGUUGUAUUAGGAAACCACAGGUAAUCUCAGGGGAGGGGUGCACCCCCCAGAUCCGCCCCUGAGUACGCACCAUUCGCUAGCAUAUUCGCUUGAAAUUUUAAAACAUACCUCCAAAUACGGACUUUAAUUUUGAGAGCUCAUUCCUCUUCAACCACUCUAAGAAAAAUUCCUGCAUUUUCUCUUAAAAAUACAUAGUCUUAAGUUCCAAAGCUUCGUGCAAACCACGUGAGACAGGAGCCGAUUACAAAAGUUAUUUUUGAUUUGCCCCAGCCCAUACCCCCGGGACAGGACCGCUUCAAACAAUUCCCCACCCACUGGCCAGAAAAGCUGGACUUGUGGUAACACGUCAAAUUAAGGAAACACACCCUUACUUUCACACAAGAGAGUCGGUGUCGCGUUACAGGCGACCGUUGAGACGUUGUAUGAGAAUUAAUAUACCGAGGUCUGCGAACGCUAAAUAUCAUUAUAUUUUACCUUUUCGUCUAUAAAAUGAAUCAGGGAGAGUUACCAUUGAUGUAUUCCUGUGAUUUUUGGUGUGAAUUCAUCGAUUUAGUCGUUCUUUUUGCUGUUAUGGUGUUCCCCCGUGUAACUCCCUUCAAGUUUUACAGGGGUCACACAAUAAAAAACGACUAAAUCGAUUAAUUCGCACCGAAAAAACACAGGAAUACAUCAAAGGUAAGUCUCCUUUAUUUUUUGAAGACGAAAAGGUAGAGUAUAAUGAUAUUUAGCGUUCGCAGACCUCAGUAUUUUCCGGGAUAGACUGUUCACAGUCCCCUAUGUUUUCGUGAGAUAGUUUAGAUAUACCGCGUCUUACCGCCACGGCUAUCUUGAUUUGCAAAUGUACCGAGGGGGCGAGCGUCGGGGAUUAUAGCUCUAGGUGUGUUCACAGUCUCCUAUUUUUUCGUGAGUUCGUUUAGAUAUACCGCGUCUUACCACCACGGCUAUCUUGAUUUUCAAAUGUACCGAGGGGGCGGGCGUCGGGGAUUAUAGCUCUAGGUUUUUCUCGCUUCCUCCCAAACCGCUCCCCGCCCCCUAAGUAGUUUUGACACUCAUGCAAGAUGGCAGGCCCUAACGUAGCCUGCGAACCGCAGACGCAUUUCCGGUCGUCGCUUCUCUCCCUCCGAAAAAUAGCUAUUUUUCGGAGGGAGAGAAGCGACGACCGGAAAUGCGUCUGCGGUUCGCAGGCUAGCCCUAACGCAGAGCGCUCGAUCUCGACGAUCUUACGGAAAAAUAGAGGACUGUGAACAGUCUAUUUCCGGGAGUAUUUUAUUCUCAUAAAACGUCUGACCCGUCGCCUGUAACGUGACACCGACUCUCUUGUGAGAAAGUAAAUUUACAUCCCACACUCGGAAAGUGAGCUUGGGACACCUGUGCUAUACCAGGCAACUUUAUAAUGGGGGGGGGGAAUACUUCCUUAUAAGAGGCUAAUGGGGAUGUGUCGGUGGAUGGGGUCGCAUUUUCACGCCUGGAUUGACUAAAAUGGGGUCGCACAUUUUCGGAUUUUGGGGGUAAAAAGAUUCUAUUAAGUAGGGAUUCAAAAUGGGAAGAUUCUCGGUUAAAAAGGUCCGAAAGUUGUUGUUUAUUAUUAGGUAUAAAGUAAAGUGUUCUUCACUCAAUUUAAAAGUGUGUCAAUCAAUUGGAAAUAAGGUAGAUGCAAAACUAAAAUAGGGAUCGCGAAAAUUAUAUUUGCCCAAAAGUGACCAAGACGGGGUCUAUAAUUGGCCACAGAACAGACUAUAAUGGGGUAGGGGCGCCGAGCCGCUUGCAGCACAUACACAGCAAAUUAACCAAAAAAUUAACCAAAGUACCUCCCCCCUCCCCUCUCCAAGCUUUAUAAACACAUCCUUGUUGUGGAUCACAUUUGUUCGACUUUCUUUCUGCUGCGGCUGCUAAUCUCAUAAAUUUUUAACCGGACUCGACUCUAGUUGAUCACUUGUUUUCACGCGACAAUAAAUCACACAUGGGGCACUGAUAAAAGCAAAGCUGUGAUUGGAGGAGUUACCGUACCGUAAACGUGCCGCGAACACCUUCCAGGAAAUGAGAGCUGAAACAGGAAUGUGGUUCGAUUCCUAGCAAAUAUCAAGAAAGUUAAUAAUUAGCAGAGUGUUCAGUCAAUCCGAUUGAUACGCGUAAGCCGUCCAGAGAUCAAUGUCGCCCUUUCAAAUCUUAACUUCGAUGUCAGAAUACUCGCUCAGAGUCAUAGAGUCCACAAUACUGUUCAUUUUGAUAUAAAAAAUUUUUUGCUUAAAAACAUUGAAAGAAAUUUUAAAAAACGUGACGUUUCGACGUUGUCGGACGUCGUUAUCAAGUCAAAAGAAAAUAGAAUUUGAAUGUUCUAUAAAUACAAGAGAAAAAAAUAAUACGUCAUUAAAAAGAAAAGUAACAUAUCAAAAUACUGUAUGUUACUAGUUAAACAAAGAGUUUUUUAAAACAUAUUCUAAAUGUGUUAAAAAUUGCUUCUUUUUGAACUGUUGAUCUUGUUACUUUUUUUGUCCGGGUGGGAAGAGGGGGUGGCAUUUCCUUGCAUGGCCUAAGCAGGUAUGUGCCGCUGAACCGGGUAUGGGUUUAAGAGUCUAGAGUCUUAAACAGGGGAUACGAUUACACUAUUUAGUGUCUUGAACAGAGUGUCCUUUUUUGACAUGAAGCCUUAAACAUGGACGAAAACGUUUACAUUUUUAUGCCGGUGCACGAUCUACAUGUGUAGAGCCAACAAUUUUUCUCCAAAAAAUGCAAAUGUGCAAAUCCCCCGGGGGGUCCCCUAAGAUGGCCGCUGAUACCGUAAGUGCAAAGUUAAAUGAUUUGUCUGUUUAUUUGGGUUAUGCAGAUUGUUCACCACAACGGGCUCACCGCCGUUGCUGAUCUAGAGUUUCCUUUGGUAAAUGAAGAACUGGAGCAACAAAAGGCCGAGGAGAUUCUGAAGAACAAGAAGAUCUCACAUUUCUCUACCUACUUGGUUCCCAGUGCUCGAAAUUACUCUAAGAUGUAUGGCGGAGACAACCAGAAGGCUAUAGAGCACAUCCAAGAUCUCGCAAAGAAAUUAAGUGACGAUCAACUGGUUCUCUACAACAACCAUGUCAAAUGUCUUUGUGACGGAGCGUUCUAUUCACAGCUGAUGCAGAUGAAAGACGGAUACAUAGACGGACACGAUGGUCAGUGGAUCAUGCAGCCAGAAGAACUGGAGGAAACCAUGCGGGUUUACUGGAGAAAUGGCUUUCAGAUCCAUGUACACACCAAUGGAGACCUUGGCAUGCAGAAGCUGCUGGAGGUCGUGGAAACCCUCAACAAGGAGUCCCCGAGAGAAAACCAUCGAGUCACAGUGGAGCAUGCUGGUUACUUUACUGAAGACCAAGCUGAUAAAAUCGCUCAGUUGGGCUUAUUGGUGUCUGCAGCCCCUUACUACUUCUACACACUGGCUGACAAGUAUAGCGAAGAUGGUCUCGGAACUGCAAGGGCUCAAGCCAUGGUUCCAAUGAAAUGGCUCUUUGACAGGGGCGUGGUUACAGCCUUCCACUCCGACUUCACUAUGGCACCGUCGGCGCCUCUCCUGCUGGCCUGGAGUGCCAUCACCCGCGUUACAGCAGACGGGAACACGUACAGAGAAGAUCUCAGGGUGACACCCUAUCAAGGCAUGCUGGCCAUCACCAAGAACGCCGCCAUAAUCUUGGGCACUGACGACAUCAUGGGCACCAUUGAAGGAGGAAAACUCGCCAAUUUUACAAUCCUGGAGCAGAACCCACUAGCGGUGGAGCCGAUUGACAUCAAAGAUAUCAAAAUCUAUGCUUCAGUUUACAAAGGGAAAAUGUACAUGACAAGCAAGACGAGAGUCUAA